UUCAUUAAACAUCACAAGCUUGUAAAAGAGAGCCAUUGAACAAACUUUUGUAGAAAUUUUUCUUUAGCUUGUGAGAACUUUUUUAAUAUUUUAUUUUAGAGAAAUAUGGGGAGAGGAGUUGGUUUGGUUUUGGGUUUAAUUGCGGUGGUUUUUGUUCACCAUGCCACCGGUGAGACGGUUCAUGUUGUUGGAAACUCCGACGGUUGGACGGUUCCGCAGGGCGGCGCUGCUUUCUAUUCCGACUGGGCUGCUAGAAACAACUUCUUCAUCCGCGAUUCUCUAACAUUUAACUUUGAGACAAACAUGCACGAUGUCCUUAAAGUAACAAAAGAAUCCUUCGAUGCUUGCAAUUCAAACAAUGCCAUCGGCAACGUCAUUACUACAGGUCCUGCCACAGUGAAGCUCGACACCGCCGGUGUGCAUUACUUCAUUUGUACAGUCGGCCGACACUGUUUUGGAGGUCAAAAGUUAUCUGUUACCGUCUCCGCCAAUACUCACGGCGGUGCAAUCCCACCUUCUACAAACACUAGUCGGCCACCCGCCGCAAACACUCCGAUUUCUCAUGAUAAUGCCUGUGCUCCAACUCCUGCAAAUUCGCCGUCCUCCUCACCACCUAUCCAUGGUGGAACUCCCUCGGCUCCGGCGCCUUCCUCAUCCACUGUGUUGAUGGCAACCCUUUAUGUCACUUUGUCCGCCCUUGUUAUGAGCUUGUUGUUCUAGAUCAUUUGGAUUAACUUUGUGUUUGUUUUUUUUUAGUUGUCUUUUUAGAUUAAUAAGUCGGGGUUGUUAAUUUGGUUACUACUAUUUAGUUUGUUUAUUGAGAGUUGAGAGAGAAUAAUAUUUGAGUGAUGGAAAAUUUUUCGGUUGUAUU